UUCUCCUCUGGUUGAACAAGUCUGAAGAACACAAGGGGAGGGUCAUUAAUAACUAAUUACCGUGGGUCAGAACUGACGCAUAUAAAGCCAACCGGGACCGUGGAAAGGCGCAACAUUCUCUCAACACUUAGCGAGACGAGCGCAGACUGAUAGCUAUUGCAUCGGCUCGAGACUGAUGUUAUAUUGGCGUCAUCGUCUAUAUAUUUGGGUUAAUUAUUUGGCCUCAUUAAAAAGCAAGGGGAUAUUUUCGUGCAUCUGUCAUCAUGGGUUCAGUGCUACCUGCAGAUGCUUUGGUUCUGAAGGCUGGAUUUAAGCAGCAGACUCUGGCCCUGUCCGACAUCAUCACGUCGGACAUCCUGCACAGUUUCCUGUACGGCCGCUGGAGGAACGUGCUGGGGGAACACCUGUUCGAGGAGAAGACCCCCACUGUCAGCCCCAAAACAGCGUUCACCGCAGAGGUCCUGGCGCAGUCAUUCUCAGGAGAGGUCCAGAAGCUCUCUAGCUUAGUGUUGCCAAGUGAAGUCAUCAUAGCGCAGAGCUCCAUCCCGGGAGAAGGCCUUGGCAUCUUCUCCAAAACCUGGAUAAAAGCCGGCACCGAGAUGGGUCCCUUCACUGGCAGGGUCAUAUCUCCCGAACACGUCGAUCUCUUCAAGAACAACAAUCUCAUGUGGGAGGUUUUUAAUGAGGAUGGCACGGUGCGCUACUUCAUCGAUGCCAGUCAAGAGGAUCAUCGCAGCUGGAUGACUUACAUCAAAUGCGCGCGCAAUGAGCAAGAACAGAAUCUGGAGGUUGUGCAGAUCGGAAGCAGCAUAUUUUACAAAGCAGUAGAGACCAUACCUCCAGAUCAAGAGCUGCUUGUGUGGUAUGGGAAUUCCCACAACACUUUCCUGGGUAUCCCGGGAGUCCCUGGCACAGAGGAAGAACUGCAGAAGAAGGGUAAAAAUGAUGAAUUCCACCUAUGCGAAACCUCCUCCGCCACCGCCCUCUCCGCUGCCAGUCGCAUGCGCUGCGUCAUCUGCCACCGCGGCUUCAACUCUCGCAGUAACCUGCGCUCCCACAUGCGCAUCCACACACUGGACAAGCCCUUCGUCUGCCGUUUCUGCAACCGUCGCUUCAGCCAGUCCUCCACCCUCCGCAACCACGUGCGCCUGCACACCGGCGAGCGCCCCUACAAGUGCCACGUCUGCCAGAGCGCAUAUUCCCAGUUGGCAGGGCUGCGGGCGCACCAGAAGAGUGCCAGGCACCGGCCGGCCAUCACAGGUACUGUCGUGGGGCUGCAGGCCCAUUCACCCCCUCCUCCACCUCCUCAGCUGGCACAGGUCCCUCACCCGGCCUCAUUGAUGCAUCACAUACCCACCAUGGUGCUUUGAGAGGGCACGAUGCACUCGAUUGUCUCAGAUGUUCACAGUCUCACAGGCGAAUCUUCAUUGCUGCUGGCUCAUGUGUAGAAGUGUGUCUAUGUGGAGCCGGUCCUGUUGAGAACUCUUACCGUUAGUGGAUGCUUUGUGGUUUGCUGCCCUAAAGGAGAAGAAGAGAUCAGAUAUGAUGAGCAAGGCCUGUACAAACUCAGUUUUGACAGCAUUGAAGUGGAUAUGGCCGUAGAAGGGCUGUUUUGUACAUUCAUGUUGAAUUCUUAUCAUCGCCAGAACUACACAGUGAUGGCUCUUAAAAGUUCAUUUUCUCUGGGCUUAUUUUGAUCUAACUGUUCAAACAUUAGGCUAUAAAAUGCCAUUUAAGACGAUCACUAGUCAGUGUAUCUUUUAUUCAUAUUUGCAUGCAGUAUUGCUUUGUCCCAUGACAUUUCAAGCCACAUCACUCCCUCCUUACACUUUAGCCUCAUAAAAGUAUUGAGAAUGUAACAGAGAGACUGAGUCUCUUUACAAUCCGACAUCAACCCUGUGGCAACUCCUUGAAUGUUUUACUGGUUUUCAAUGUAGGAGAUACAAUGGGACCAAGCACCACUUAGUGACCGAUUUGUGUCUAUACAACCGAAUCAGAGAAGUGGAGCUCAAAGCAUGUUGAUUGUGAAUGGAAAAUGUAUGAAGUAUGUA